GGGCAUCUGUAAUCUGUAAUGUAAUGCUUUCUGCGCUCGUAGAAGGAAAGGAAGCUUCGCAGAUUAUUUUAAUACAAGAUUGUGUUGGUCAACUAGGAAGAGCACUCCUUAAAUGUUUUACUGUAUACGCUGCUAAACGGUUUGAUCGUGUCUGUCUCUUCAGUUUGGAUUUUCAUCCGAGUUUGUGGCUUCAGGGAUUGGACAAGGAGACGACAGCGAAGAUUCGAGCGUUUGAUGGAUACAGCAACAUACUACCAUGGAUUCCAAACAAUGAGAAGAGUUAUCCUGUCAUGAGUCUAUCCGACUCACUAGACGUUUGUCAGCUACUCGAGAGCUCCUAUACCGAUGAGACACGAGAAAAGCCUGCUGUUGUCGUUAUUGACUCUCUGUCUCCACUAAUAACACAAUCGUCAACUUCAUUUACUUGUCACACUUUGCAGAGUCUGCUGCAAUGCAAGCAAAAUGGUUGCUCUGUAGUUCAAGUCAUUUGUCUCGUGCAUGCCGAUCUUCACAACGAUUCUGAUGUGGUGGCUCUACAAUACAUGAGCUCUACAAUCAUCAGUCACAAAGACCUCGAAGAGAGGUCUAUUGACUCUGAAUCUGGCUUCUCUGGACGAUGUGAAGUUACACACAAAAGAAAGAGUGGGAAGGUUGUGAAGACAGUAGAAAAUUACAUCAUUGAUAAAGUCUGGAAUCUUUCAAGUACAGAAGGACAGAGUCAACAGCAAACACCAGCUCUCGAAGAUACCACCUCUAUACAAUUCGAUCCUGCUGCUAAUCUUACGUUCAACGUUCGUCUCUCAAAUAGUGAACGUGUUGCCAGAUCUCAUCUGGUUCUGCCUUACACAUACACAGACAGUGAGAAGGCUGCGCAGUUGAGUGGUGUAGCUGAUCAAGGGGGAAAGAUCUUUUAUGAACCAGACGAUACAGAUGAUAUAGACGAAGAAGACCCAGAUGAUGAUUUGGAUAUCUGACAGCAACAGUUUUCAGUAUUAGUAGAGCGUUUCUAAUUUUGGUUGUGAGAUCAUUUUCAAGUGCUACUAUUCUUUACUCAAAUUUAAUAAAGAUGUACUUCAGUUUGAAACGAGAGAUCCAGUAAAUCCCACAGG